ACACACACACACACAGACACACACAGGGCCAUGGUGGGAUUAGUCUGAAAGGCUGCGGCUCAGAAAUGAGUGGAGGUUUCCUGCAGCCUCUCAUUAAAACUGCUGACACCUCCACAUGGAAUAUCAUUUGUCUGAGGUGCAGUGAGAAGCGGAGCACGAACCGCCGUGUCACACCGACAUGGUGCAUAACACAGGUGUUUGGACGUUCAGAGCAAAUGGACGACCUCUCGGCUGCAAAGUGCUGAAGCUCUGUAAAGUAAUUCCUGUGUUUUACUGCGCGCAUCCCUCAGGAGUUUUGUGUGUCAUCAGGACCUUGAGACACACCCACACACACAAACACACACACACACACACACACACACACACACACAACGGCGUUCAGCCGCUCCCACUCACAGUCGGCCUGGCAGACCUCUAAUCUCUAAAAGAUUGAUGAGGUCCUGUCCAGGCGCAGGAGCCCUGGCACAGCGUUGAUAAGGCAGCUUUCAUUUCAGCACAUUUACUCCCUCACCUCUUGCCUUUCUUCUCCUCUUUUCCAUCACACUGCGCGGCACGGGGACUCGCUUUAGAGCAUGAGAGAGGAUCAUGACGCGCCAGAGCCCUUGGGCAACAAGGACGGUCUUUAAAAAAACCCAGAAACCAUGAAAUGCCCUGAAAGCGACGGCCCUGUUUUCUUCUGUCACUCGGUAGCCGAGCAGGACGCCAGAGACGAGAUGUCACCGUCAAACUGCUGGAGCUGGGAUGUAAUGGGACCGCGGAGAGACGCUCAGAGCUGAGGGCAGCUGAACACACGUCACACGCCGACAGGCGCACAUACUGUACACAAUCACACACUCGAGGGUGCGCCACACAGGACAAUGUGCAACAUCUCGUUCUGUGAUGUGGACAGUAAGGUGGACCAGUUCUUCCAGCCCACGCUCUACAUCAUCGUCAUCGUCCUGGGGCUGCCCACUAACUGUAUGGCCCUGUGGGCUGCCUACAUGCAGGUGCGCCAGCGCAACGAGCUCGGCAUCUACCUGAUCAACCUGUCGGUGGCUGACCUCCUCUACAUCAUGGCUCUUCCUCUGUGGAUCGACUACUUCCUGCAGCACGAUGACUGGAUCCAUGGUCAGGAGAGCUGCAAGCUGUUCGGCUUCAUCUUCUACACGAACAUCUACGUCAGCAUCGCCUUCCUCUGCUGUAUAUCGCUGGACAGGUACCUGGCUGUGGCAUACCCCAUGCGCUUCGCCAAGGUUCGACGAAUCAAAACCGCUGUCCUGGUCAGCGCCAUGGUGUGGAUCAUUGAGAUCGUAGCCAACUCUGCUCCCCUCUUUCACGAUGAGCUCUUCCAGGGUCGUUUCAACCACACCUUCUGCUUCGAGAAGUAUCCCAUGCAGGACUGGGUGGCGGGGAUGAACCUCUACAGGACAUUCCUGGGCUUCCUUGCUCCCUGGACGGCCAUGCUGGUCGCCUACCGCGGGAUCCUUGCUGCGGUGCGCUGCAAUGUCUCGACUGAGCGCCAGGAAAAAGCCAAAAUUCAGAGGCUGGCUUUGAGUUUGAUCCUGAUUGUUUUGUUCUGCUUCGGACCGUAUCACAUCCUCCUCCUUGUGCGGAGUGUCAUGUAUCUGAAGGAGCCAUGUGACUGUGGAUCUGAGGAGAGCUUGUUUGCAGCGUACCAUGUGUCGUUGGCACUGACCAGCCUAAACUGUGUCGCAGACCCCAUUCUGUACUGCUUCGUCAACGAGGGGGCUCGGCACGAUGUCAGUCGAGCCCUCUCGGCGCUGCUGUCUGUGGCCUGCCACAGGGGCUCCUCCUCCUCGCCGUCACACGCCGACAUACUGAACGCUGGUUCGGUUACCAUGGAAACGCCACUAGCGGCAAAGAAGCAGCCCUGCGUGUACGCCGAUGGAGCCAAGACAAGCAUCUACAAGACAGAGCUGGUGGCUCUGAAGGAAGAGUGUCUACAGAUGACCAUCCUCAGUGUUAGGAAGUGACUUCAACGCAGAACGGGGAGAGGCAGACUGCUCCGAACCGCUCAGAUUAGUGGGGGGAGGAAGCUCCUAACAUGUCUGAUAUCUUCUGGUCUGACGGGCUGAAAUCAAAUGCCCUCGUGGCUUCAGAUUCUUGGGGUAAAGCUACACUGAAUGGCAAUUUACCAAGUCAGAAAUGGGAGCGAGAAUGAUGAAGUAAUCGAGACGCAUCUGUAGCGAAUGGCAUCAGCCCCCUGCAACGUGUUUACACCAAUUAUGAGGAGUGGUCAUGUGCACAUCCAGAGAACCUCAGAAAACUGCGGCACAGUACAAAGAUUACCUGCACAAUAAAACGCAUACUGUACACACCAGAAGAAGACAAAAUGUUGGUUGAAAGAAAAAUGGAAAAAAUGCUUUGCAAUUAGAAGGGCAAAAAAAAAGUGAAGUUUGGUCUGAGGGUGGCACCUGGUAACAGGUCAUGCCGUAAAUCAGGUGGCUUCAUUCUUUGUAUGGUGGCCAUUUAAGCCAUCUCUGACUGACAGCUCGUGGGUCAGGGUCCGUUCUAUGUUUGUUGAUUUGGUUUACAUUACAUUACUCAUAUUCAUGUUAAUGAACAUGCUAUGUUAUCAUUAAUCCCAGACCACCGAGAAAGGCUGGCAAGGAUUCAGACAUUAGACUUUUAGGUAUACUCGUGCAGUUUCGUCUUCAUUGGUGCUGUAUGCAAAGUCCACCAAAGUCCUCAGGAUUCAGCCUCAGUGCAUCAUAUGUCAUACCAAUCCAUCCAGUGGAUGUUGAACUAGUUCAGUGUUGGAGCAACGGAACAACCGACACGCUGACAGCCCUACAGCUGGUCUGGCAAAUAUAGCUUUUAUCAAACACAAUUUGGAUAUUUCGACUAUUUAUCACCGUGCCAGGAGUCAUUCAUGCCAGGACCUCUUUGGAUAUUUAAGUGGAAUUAUUUAAACUAACGGAGAGGAGACACCUUUGGACUCUCAGACUGCUUGGACAUCCGACUGCACAAACGGCAAACGCAAGAGACUAACGUUUGACCCCCAGAAAGGUGCCACUUUGGAAUAUGCAAGAAGGACAGACGAUAAUGGAGAAAAGAUUGUAGAUUACUAGCCAAAAUCAUUUGUAAUGCUUAACCAUUCCAUUAGGUUUUGAAGGAAGUAGUGAAGCUGUAUGAAGUACCUCAGCUUACAAACUGUGACAGAAAGAAGACUUAGAGUAGAAAUGUGUUUCUUCUUUAAUGUGAGCCAUGUUUUUUAUCUUUUUAGUUCUUACUGCCACAGGGAGCAAAAUAAUCGGACGAAUUGAGAUGACAAAGAGAAACUUAAACCGAUUCUUCCACGCCGGUUUAAAAUGGGAACUGAUCUGAAUAUUCCGCCUCGAUUGCUGACUGAGGACAAAGGAGUGUCUCUCCCUUGUGUGUGGAGCUUAUUGUUCUUAAUCAGUGACGGACUGGGAUCAAAAUAACGGCCCUGGCAUUUGCAGCACACACCGGCCCUUUUUUCAAACCCAACAACACCAGCCCCACUUAAAUGCUGACAUGAAAAAAACAACACGCACUAUGGCUACAGCCGAUGCCUGGUGACUGUGCCGAAAAACUGGAUUUUUUUACUCCGAACACACAGAACCGACAGCUAGCGGCCGUGAGGAAUCAUUCGCCGAUUUUUACAUAAAGUGUAUUGGAUUAAAAUCGCUUACUGCUCCUUUAAAGCAGAGUAGGCCACCGCUACAGGCAACUGGUUGUGACAGUCUGACUGUCCCAGUGUGUGGCUCUGACAAGUCAGACUGUGAAUUCUCAACUGUUGCAUUUUCAUCAAAUUGUCAUUCUUUUCUUGGUGUGUUUUGCGGGCAAUGCGGCCCGCACUUCCAUUUCACAUUCCUCACUUAGAAAUGUUGCGUUUGCCCAGUUCACAAAAUCGUCUGCGGCCUCUUUCACGCCGUCGAAGGGUUUUUCAGCUACUCGUGUGUUUCUUUACCCAUCCGAUGGGCGUCCAGGAGAUCCGUCCCGCCGGCCUGGGGGUACUUUGACAAGUGCGAAGACAUGCGAAAGGAACACUUGCGUAGUCAACACUUGUGGCUGCAUGCAUAAAACAACUGUUUUUAAAUAAUCAAAUACUAAAUUUAUCAACAUAUUGACCCAUUCUGAGCGGCCCAUAUAGUGGGCGGCCCUUCUGGCAUUUGCCCAAAUUCCAGAUGGCCAGUCCGUCACUGUCCUUAAUGAGGACAUAACUGACGGUUUCAGCCAACAUUUUUCAAUUACAUUCCUUUUCCUAGUCGGCAGCUCGUUUUCACAGUAAAUCAAAGACAAAGUGACCCAAAAAGCUAUUUCACCAUCCACAAUAGUUUGUGAAGCUCCAGUCUGUAGGAAUUAGUGGCAUAAAUUCGACCAUAGUCUUCGGGUAACGCAAAAACAUAUCCCCAGACUUUGGUUUGUCUGUUCUGGGCUACUGUAGGAACAUGACGGUGCAACACGGUGGGCUGCGUGGAAGAGGACUCCCUCUUGAGAAAAGGUAGAAGUUAAUGAGAACACAAUGAAUCCUAGUUUCAUGCGGUUAUACACUAAUGAAUCUGCAUCUAUCUGCCGACAGAUUCCCCCAAAUCCUACACACCGUACCUUUACUUUAAGGCAUAGAGUACAGUACACAAAGAAAGAAUAAAUGUCACUUUGAAAAUAUGCGAACGGGACAAGGCAGUCAGAACAGAGGGAACUGAAAUCUCUAAAAAUCAACUUGUAGUCAUCAGCCAGUCUUUGAACGUUGACUAUUUUCGAUGACUCCUUUCACAUUAUAGGAUGCCCCCCUGUAUGUUCAGAAAUAUGGUCCUGGCAUACUGUCUUAUCUUGUGUAUUAUUAUUUCAUGGUGAUUGACAGAGCUUCCUGCUUUGGUUCCACCUGCCAAAUGUCACAUCAGAAAGAUGGGAAAUGUGAUGACACAGAAUAUUUUUUUUUUAUUCUGUCUUGGCAUGAAAUUGUUACUGUGUUCAGGUUUUCCUCUGGACACUUUCAGCUCGUCAGGUUUGGCCCGAAACACUGCUCUGUGUGCCGCUGCUUUUAUCGUGCAUCAGUAUGUCCGUCUCAGAGAGGAGGUGCGAGGCUUCAUGAUGUGUAUUAGUUGAUCGACAGUGUCAGUGAGAAAAUAAAAUAUGCACAUGAAACUUUU